GCCCAAACUACGGGAAAAAGCUCGCACUUUCAAUCUUAGGUUCACCUUGGCGACCGCGAAUAGUUCAUCAAGAAAAAGUCCCUUUCUUAAACAGCUGAUUUUGACAGACGUGACAAGCGACAGUGUUAUUUGAGGUGCGUAAAGGUGUGAAAGAUCUCAUUUUCAAAUAAAAAUGAGUUCGUCAGAUAUUGCCGGGCCGAUAACGAAUACUUGUGUAGUUUGUGGAGUUGAUAAAAAUCUUUCCCGUUGUGCUCGUUGUAGGAUAACUUAUUAUUGCUGUAAGGACCACCAGAAAAAGGACUGGAAAAAACAUAAAGUGACAUGUAAAAAACAGGACUCUGCUGAUAGUGUUGAAAAAAAAUAUGGUCACAUUGUGAGCAGUCAAGAAUGUAGUACUUUAUUACCAAGUGAAGGCAGCUCAGAAAACGAAAUCCUGAGUUCUCUUGGAGAACAACUUGCCCCAAACAAUAACUAUGAAAUAUCGUCAACAGAGAAGUCUUUGAAAUCACUUGAUACCACCAUGCCUAUCAGUGGGAAAAAUAUUGUACAAUCAAAACAUAAAACUCUCAAAGACUUUCCUGAAAUAAGUCUCAAUUCUAGUUCUGCAUCUCUUCACCAUAACAUACAAGAUGACUAUUUAGAGGAAAUGAGCAGAAACGUUGUACAGGACUUGAGUGCAUAUGGACUAUGUGUAAUAGAUAACUUCUUAGGUGCUGAAAGAGGAAAAACUGUCCUAGCAGAAGUGUUGAAAAUGGAGUCUCAAGGUGUGUUUCGUGAUGGACAACUAGUUUCCUCAAAAGGCAACAAGGAGGAUCUAAAGACUAUUAGAAGUGACCAAAUCUGUUGGGUACAUGGUAAAGAGACAAACUUUCCUAAUAUUGGUUAUCUGGUUAGUCAAGUUGAUGCUGUUAUCAUGAAAGCCAAUAAAUUGUCAACCAAUAGUCAGCUAGGGCAGUACAAUAUAAAUGGAAGAACCAAGGCAAUGGUUGCAUGUUACCCAGGAUCAGGGUCUCACUAUGUCAAACACGUUGACAAUCCAAAUAGGGACGGCAGAUGCAUAACAGGAAUAUACUACCUCAAUCUCAAUUGGGAUGUACAAAGGAGUGGGGGUUUACUGAGAAUAUUUCCUGAAGGCUGGAGAGAAGAUAAAGUAGCAGACAUUGAGCCCCUUUUUGACCGACUGCUAUUCUUCUGGUCGGACAGAAGAAACCCCCAUGAAGUUCAACCUGCCUUCAAUACCCGUUACGCUAUUACGUUAUGGUAUUUUGACGCGACUGAAAGGGAAGAAGCGUUGAGGCGAUAUGAGAGAGAAAGAAAUGGUCUACAACAACAAUCAAAAUGACAUGUAUUAACAGCUGUGAGAAUGAAUGGAUUUGAACAAAAAAGUGCAAAUAAUUUGAACAAAACUUCUGAUUUUGAUACGUCCCCUGUAAAUAUUUCUGAAUAUUUUGAGGAACUCUUAACUGUUAAGAUAAGAAACAUGUGAUAUUUGAAAUUAUUCAUUCUUAGUAAUAACCUACACCCACUGUGCUUAUUUUUGUUUUCAACCUUGUAUUGAUUGUCAUUAGUUGAAACCAAGAUGCAUCUAAUAUGGUGAAUAAAGUGUUUUUUCUUCAUCCAAAACUAUUGACAGCAUAGUGCUGUCAACUGAAUAAUUUAUUAUUGCUGUCUUAACUGCAGUCAGUCAAUUGAUUUCAAAUCAUUAUCAAGGCUGUUCUAUAAAUUUAGUAUAUAGGCUGUUUUGAGUGAAAAAGAAACUGAAAUGCUU